AUGAAGACCACCAUCCUCCUCCUCGCCGCCGGCGCCGCGCUCGCCUCUGCCCAGGGCGGCGGUAUCUCGAGCCUUCCCAAGUGCGGUCUAACGGCGACCUCACAGCAAGUGUGCAUAGCAAACAUGCUCCAAAUUGCCCAGACCCAGUUCGGCUGCGCUCCCGGCAACGCGACGUGCUACUGCACCAACGUCGACUUUGGCUACGGCGUGAGGGACUGCUCCACCCAGUCCUGCCCAACUGCGGCAGAUGCUCAACAAGUCAUCGCCUUCGGAACCGCAUACUGCAAGAGUGCGCUUGGCGGCAGUGGCAGUGGCAGUGGCAGUGGCUCUUCUGCCACCGGCUCGGCGACUUCCGGCGCAUCGUCUGCCACCAAUUCCGCCGGCGGAAUCCCCAUCACCACAUCUGCCUUGACCGAAGUCACCAGCUCGGACGGCCACAAGACUACCCUCUCUGGCUCGACCACCAUCUACGGCAUCCCCGUCACCACGUCUGCCUUGACCGACGUCACCAAGUCGGGCGGCAAGAAGACCACCCUCACCUCGGGCUCUACCACCAUCUACGGCAUCGUGUCCACGGAGCAGAGCACCUACACUUCGGGAGGCAAGACCUAUACCACCGCCACUGGAACCACCACCAUCAUCGGAGCUGGCGGUGCUGCUGGCGGAUCAGGUCUGACUACCUCCCCUCUCAAGAGCACCGCCUCCUCCUCCAGUGGGUCCUCUGUGACCACGACCGGUUCGACAACUGUUUCUGGAGCCGGAAGCCCAAUGUCUGCCAGCUCAGCCUCCGCGGCAUCCCAGAUGUCGUCAGCCUCGUCUUCGUCCUCCCAUGGAGCUGGAGCAGUUGCCACCGCAGCGCCCGCUCUUUUGGGCGCGGCAGCCUUUGCGCUCCUAGCCCUGUAA